AUGCAGGAAUCUAAAGCGCAAAGUGAAGAUAUGCCAGGUAUUAAACGUCAACAUGAUGGUACUUCCAAGGAGAAGUCGGAGAGAAAGUUUGAGGGAUCGGAAGAAAAGGCGGGAGCGUCGAUAAGUCCUUUCAUGCCGAUGUUCGAGGGGUUCAGAGCGGAAUUGGACGAACAUCAUGAUCGGAGAGAGAGGAUUAUCAAGGCGGGUAGAGAUAUCACGGCGGGGAGUAAGAAGAUAGUUCAAAAACUCCAUCAGCCUCUUCCUCAAAGAAUUGCCAAGGAAACUUCGGAGAGAUUAGCUACGAUUAAUGAUCUCUUUGCCGGUAUAUCACCUGAUCUCACGGGCAUUAAUUCUUGGCGCUACCAACGACAGAUUUCAGGGGGUAUUCAAGAAUACAUGGAAGCUGUGUCCUUUUCCCACUACCUGACUGAACAAAAAUUAGUCCCUCUUGAUGCUGCUCAAGCUUCUUUGCCCGAAGCUGUGAACCUCACAGGCGAUGACUAUGUUCUUGGAAUCUUUGAUCUGGUAGGCGAGAUGAUGAGAUUUGCCAUCACGAGAAUGGCGACGGAUGGAGAAUUGCCGGGGAAAGAGGAGAGAACGAUCCUGGCGGACUUGAGAGAUAUCAGAAUGAGAUUCGAAGAGCUGGAUACGACUAGGUGUGGAAAUGUGGGAUUGGGAAGGGAUGUAGAGAAGAAGAUGGAGGUUAUGAGGACUUGUGUAGAGAAGGUGGAAACGGCGGUUUAUGGUAUGAUUGUGAGAGGAAGAGAGAGGCCUAAGGGAUGGGUUAUGGAUAUGCCGGAUGAUAGUAAAGGUGCGGUAGAGACCGUCAAUCUUCUCGAAUACCAUGCUGCUAAAUCUGAUGGAGAGGGUACGGAUAUACUUCUUCUUGCCUGUGGAGAUCCCAGAAGUAUUUUAUAUUCGUUGUUCUGCGAAGACAAACCAGGCAAUGAGAAGUUUAGUUUUGUGUGUUGUGAUAUCGACCCAGCUAUUUUAGCUCGCAAUAUUAUUUUGUUCUCCCUCAUCAUCGAUAAUGCUGCAUCAUACGGCUCUCAAUCCCCACACGAUAGAACGAGGAUUGGUGCAAUUUGGAAUCUGUUUUACCACUAUCAAAUUCCCCAAGAGGAUUUGAAGCUCUUACAGGACCAAUCUGAGAAACUUUUGUCCUACUCCAAAUCGCCAGAGACAUGGGCAGAAUCUCCUUAUUCCAGCACUACUUUUGCUAGCUUGCAAACUCUUGAGGGCGUUCGAAAGAUCUGGGAGAAAUAUGCUAUCCAGAGGAGUGCAGAAGAGCAGCAAAAAUAUGAAGCACCUAGACGGCACACCCUCUCAGAGAUACGCCAAAAGUUCUCUCACGGAGGAGGAGCAUGUGUGACUUACUCUGCAGGGGUACACUGGUUUGCAGGCUUAAAUCCAGGUUGGGAUGCACUUAAGGGCUAUUGGGAAAAGGGGGUGGUUGCUGGGAACGAAGGUGAUGUCAAGGCUCUUGGCUUUGGUGGAAAGGGAGUUUUGAAUCCAACUUUUAUGGUAUCCGCCAUAUCAGAGGAUUUCAUCGUUCCAUUCACCAGCGAUCCUUUGUCGGCGUAUCACGUUCCACAGGUAUUCGACAAUCCCCUAAGUGAAAAGCAACGUAUGGAAGCCCUGGCAACAUCCGCAAAACAAGACUUUGCGGGAUGGUGCAAAGCCUUUGCACAAUACGCGGCUGCGGGUUCCGUUUUGAUCAAUGCCUAUAUGGGAGAUGCAGUUACCUUUUCUUAUGAGCUGGCAUCUCGUGGCAGGUCAAGAAACACAUCUGUUAUUACCCGUCUUUAUGCAGAUUCAUGGUCUGCAAAACCAAUGUUGUUGGAUGGUCCCGGUGCAUCACUUUUACCCCCAUCUUUCGAGGUCAUCGACACUUCCAAUAUUGUGGAUUACUAUGGGCAUCUCAAUAUUCUACCCGCCACAGUGCCCCUCCUAUCUAGAACUUUCAGCUCUGUUCUAUAUACUGAAAGUUUGCGGAUCUCUUCUCUUGACUUAAAGCAAAAUUUGAAGGCUGCACUUUUGAUGGAUGUCAAUCUGGCUUCGUUGUUGUUUGGGCUGACACCGUCUGGUCAAAUCAUGGGCUAUACUACCUACAACAAUUAUAGCGAGGACAUGACUCAACAGACAUCUUCCCACCGCUAUCGAACACGGUUACCCUGGCGGUUUCCAUCAUUUGGAGACCAUCACUAUUGUUCCACAUCGAGUCAGCCUAUCAAAAUCGAAGUCGAUGCAGAUGAACUCUCUCAAUUAUGCUUCAAUACAUACAUGAAGAUGUUCUCGAUUGAAAACCUUAAAAACCGCAUCGCACCAGGAGUCCGACCUUUACGCAGUCAAACGAUGAAUUGUUAUACACGAUUGAGUUUCGUCAAUAUCUUGCAUCUCAUUAAGCAAAAUACCACAACUGAUUGGGUAUCCUUCUGCACGAGUCUACAGAAGAAAAUCGCAGCUGAUACAGUCUCUCACAUUGGGGCUAAAACUGUCUUGGAAAUCUUUACGCACAUUGAUAUCUCUAAUUUUGUGCCGGGAACCAGAGGCUAUGAUACUGCAUAUUAUUCUUUUGUCACAAUGGUGGUGCCUCGGAGGGACCUUGAAAUAUUUCUCCAGCCUGACUCUACACCUCAUCCUGGGCUUCACGCUUACGUAUUCAGACCCAAUACCAACGAAGAAAAUCUUUUCUUUUCCCUAGACGGUUUCUUUGGAACUCUCAAACCACAAACAGAUCCUGAAUUGUGUGGAGAGUUCAUCGAAGAUCCACAAGGCUGGGCUGGUGAUUCCGAUUUGAUCAUUUCAUUUCCCGUACCUGCUCACAUAGUGAAAGGGAAAAAAUGGCAUAUUGGGCUAUGUGUUACCAUUGAUAUGAACGGAUCAGGGUACAUGAUGGAUUUAGGACCAGAGAUGGUAGUCUCUUCGGUGUCCGGGAAGAACAAAAAACGAGUAACUGUUUCCAAGGUGCCCCCUGGAAUUCCUAAGUCCCGUUUACAACCCGCUCCAGAGAUCGCCUCUGAGCAACCAUCAAUUGAACAAUCCAAUAACUCCGAGAGCAGGAUCACUAUAGCAGCUACCAAGCUUAAUGAGUCCGUUGCACUGCAGGCAACAUACCGUUUCGUAGACGGAACUGAGGAAACCAAAGCACUGCAAAAAGCUGCUCUUGUUACACUUUCCGAUAUUACUCCAUGCUCUAUACUCCUGAAUAUCGGAGAAUUCAGCCACCGACUCAUCUUCCCAUACCCGAUAGAUGGAACCAAAGCGACAACCAAGAUUGCUAGAAAGAGUCUUUGGAUUCAAGUCAACGUCCCUCUCGCACCAAGUCUGAAAUCUGGUGGUUAUGACCAGAAUCCCUUUCCGGUGAUCACCUCUCCAUCCAAUCAGCCGGCAAUUUGGGCUCUCCCUCGAAUCAAUCUCUCUACUCUUCCAUGGGUAAAGAGUAGCAAUCCAGAUUGGCUGGAGGAUGUAGACGAUCAAGUUUAUAGCGGUCGUGAAAAACGCAUGCUUCGUAACAAAGAUACAUCAACCAGUGAUUUUCCAAGCGCUCUUCUCCAGUUGAAACAUACGCUGGCUGAAAUAAUGGUACACAUGGAUGAAACCAAGCUAUGUGGCGUCUUCGUCAAAGGGGCCACUAUGAGCGAAAAUGUUGGCGAUUUGCUGUUAGUCUCAAAUGGGCUUCGCCAUAGCCGCGAAACAAGCUCACUGGUGUUCGACGGCUGGGUCAUUUCUGAUGUUCUCGGUCAGAGACCUUUUCCCCCAGCACUAUUGCAUUUGAUGAGCUAUCCAGUUACUCACAACGAGCACAUUUUGUGGAAGAAAAUGAUACCUGCAGCAGUAGAGUCAUGCCGACGGGGUUGGGAACAUGAUUCGUCCUGCGCGUAUCGAGAUACUCAAGCCCCCCUUUCUAUCGAGCCUUAUGUAUCCCCGAUCUGUAAGUGUGGUGAAGGGAAAGAUGUUGGGGAUUUCCCAGAAGACUUGACGGUUGAACCGUUCAAAACUAGAGCUACAAGGAUCGCAUUGCCGUUAUUUUCGGCAGUCUCUUAUGUUGAAGCCAUGGAUCCACCGGAGCUCUCACAUUCUUAG